AUGUCUAUAACUACCAGUCAGCCCCCCUAUCCUCUGCACGAGUCCGUCCGUGACCAGUUGGACCCCGAGUAUGUCGAGUUCUAUAACAAGUUUGUCAUCAACAACCAGCAGGUGCACAUGCAGCCGGUCGCUGCGUCACGGACCAGCGGAGUCCUGAUCCCUGGAGCUGGUCCCAUGCUGGAGGUUGGCAAGACACAAGAUUUGACCAUCCAGCGACAAGAAACCGAAGGUCCUGCCGUUCCUAUUCGCUGCUUCACACCCAAGGGAGAUGUACCUGCUGGUGGGUGGCCCGUGAUGCUUUACUUCCACGGCGGUGGUUGGGUUUUAGGAAACAUUGAUACCGAAAAUGUGGUCUGCUCGAAUCUGUGUGUGCGCGGCAACUGCGUGGUGGUGACGGUUGACUAUCGUCUGGCUCCCGAACACCCCUGGCCAGCCGCUGUCCAUGACUGUUGGGAGGCUCUCCUCUGGCUCGUUAAGGAAGGUCCUUCAAUCCUAUCAGUUGACGCAUCCAAGAUUGCAACUGGUGGCUCAUCUGCAGGUGGUAACCUGGCAGCGAUCAUGACCCACAAGGCAUUGACUCUAUCUCCACCGGUGCACUUCCAGGCCCAGCUUCUUUCGGUUCCCGUCACGGAUAACACCGCAACCGUCGAGAACAACGACAGUUAUCGUCGCUAUGAACAUACCCCGGCCCUUCCUGCCCCGAAGAUGAUUUGGUACCGUGACCAUUAUCUCCCCAAGGAGGCUGAUCGCACCAACCCCGAAGCGAGUCCGCUCUUCUAUACAGAGCAUUGGUCCCAGCUCCCACCUGCGCUGGUCAUGGUGGGUGAGCUGGAUGUCCUUCGUACCGAGGGUGAACAGUAUGCCGAAAAGCUCCAGAAGGCUGGCGUAGAAGUCGACCUGCAGGUUAUGAAGGGCAUGCCGCACCCUUUCCUGGCUAUGGAUGGGGUAUUGUCAGAGGGAAAGCGAUGCAUCACUUUGAUGUGUGAUGCAUUGCAAAAGGCAUUCUGGACUUGA